UUGGGCUUCCUAAAAACAGCUGGUUGGCCACUGUGCGAACAGAACACUGGACUGGGUGGGCCUUUGGUCUGAUCCAGCAUGGCUCUUAUGUUCGUAUCCUGGGGAACUGGUGUGCCUCAAGAAACCAUACCCAAGGCAAUUGCUAUCAAGAAAUACAGUUUUCAUUCAUUGGUAAGUUCUUAAAAUAUGUGUAACCAAGACCCGGUUUUGCUUGCACAACACCGCUCUCAAGUUGGGUCUAGGAGUACUGUGCCAGCAGACAAGGAGGCUUUGCAGGACCUUCGACAAACACCCCAUUUGCAGCUGAUCAACCACCUGACCAGGCAAUUGCUUCUGCGGCAUCAUAGUGGUGGGAGAUGCUGGUCGUGGCCCUGCACAUCUGCAAAGUCCUCCUCUGCCGCACCAUCUAGGUGUGUACCUUUUUCAAGGAGAGAGGUGCAUCCAAGAACUCAAGGUGGAUGGCAUCAACAGGCAAGGAUAGCGAGCAUGGAGUUGACUGCUGUAGCAGUUCAGCAGUGUGUGUGUGUACGAACUGGAACUGUCCAAGUCUUCCGAUGCUGAAGGUUUAAAGUGGCAUACAGAGUCCUAGCACUGAGCGUCCAGCUCUGAGAAGCUACUGCAACAUCCAGUGUCCGAGCACUGGGAAUCUGAUGAGCUGCAGCAGAUUUCCAAGCACUGGGGGCCCACCAGUGAAUUGAUGAUGCUUCACAACUGCUUCCUUGCAAGAGAUCUCACCAUGAGGACAUUCUGGUUUCCAUAGUAGAGGGAUCCUGGAUUCCUGCAGCUAAUGAAGUGCCUUGUUCCCAAAUGGAAGGUGCCACGUAGGGCCUAUUAUGCUUCUACUGGCAUUGCAGUUCUUGCGGAUAUCAUGGGCACUGCCAUCGGAGAACGCUUGAAGCAAUGUUUUGGGGGAGCAGUUCAUCUGACUGCAGAAGUUUGGUCUAGGCAGGCUGAAGAUUACAUGUCUGAGACUGCUGAUUGGGUGACAUGACAGCUUGAAGAGGACUCAGCUGAGAUAAAAGGCUGUGCUGGGCAUGUAUAGCCUUGGGUGGGCUCAUACUGCUGAGAAGGCCACCCUCAAACUUACAGAGGUAAUUGAGGAUUGGCUGUCAAUCUUAGACCUAAGGGUAGACUGUAACACCAUGGAAAAUGCAUGGAGCAUUGUGAAAGGUCUUAACAAUGGUGAGCUUCAACUGUGCAUGGUGUAUUGUCUCAGCCUUGUCAUCAUGGGGCAGCCCUCUCGACAAUUGACAGUGAGGUGGGGUAAAACCUGAAUGCUGCACAGGUGUCAGUAAUGACUAUUGUGCCUUGAACAAGAUUGCUAUCCGUGACAACAGACUGUUUGUGAUAACCUUUGUAAGUUCUAUGCCUGAGAGGAACUGAAAAACGCUCCGUGUCAUCAUAAGGUGCCCUUAAAAUGCAUUGUAAAGGACAUGGGUAUAUUCUGGGACGAGACAUUCCACAAACUGGAGCACCUGUACAAGCAGCAGCAGGCUGUGAGGGAGAUCACGGCAAACUUGUGUGAACGUUGCCUCAGCCCGACACAGUGGGCCUUGUUGAUGGACUUUGGUGAAUAUACUGCAGUCCUGUGUGGAACCAUUGCUGCGUUUCAGCACGGACAGUGCUAUGUAAGGUGUGGCCUAUGCUGUGCUCUAUGGAGAAGAUACUUGAAAGCCACAGUGAGAGUGCUGCUUUUCCAGCCAGUUUCGGUCAAAUUUCUGUACCAGCAAGUUUUUGGAAACAGUGAGGAACGAUGGGCCACCAUCUUCUUGGAUCCUCAGUAUUUCUGAUCUGAAAAUAUUGGAAUGGGGGCAGUGACCUUUGAAGAUGUGGCUGUGUAUUUUACCAAGGAGCAGUGGGCUUUGCUGGACAUUGAUCAGAGAACCUUGUACAGGGAAGUCAUGCUGGAAAAUUAUGAAAAUGUAACCACGUUGGCAGGAGUUCCUGUCCUGAAACCUGAUCUCAUUUCCCAUCUGGAACAAGGGAAGGAGCCGUGGGUGCCGGAUUCUCAGGGCUUGAAUGGAAGGAGAAUUUUUGAUGUCACCUCAGAUAACCUUAGGAAGAAGCACUUGUGCACUGUGUGCGGAAAACGCUUUACUCAGAAACCGAACCUUAAUAGACACUUGAGAAUCCACACAGGAGAAAAGCCUUAUAAAUGCUUGGAAUGUGGCAAGUGUUUUGGUUGUCAGUCUCACCUUGUGAGUCACCAGAUUGUCCACACUGGAGAGAAACCCUACAAAUGCCUGGUGUGCGAUAAAUACUUUGCUCGCAAAGCACACCUUGCAAGACACCAGGGAAUCUAUGCAGGAGAGACACCGUAUAAAUGCCCAGAAUGUGGGAAGUGUUUUGCGUGCCAGUCUCAGCUGGUGAUCCACCAGAGAUACCACACGGGAGAGAAGCCGUAUAAAUGUGUGGACUGUGGCAAAUGUUUUGCUGACCCUUCAGCCCUUGUGAGUCACAAAAGAAUCCACGCAGCAGAUAGAUCUCAUAAAUGCACUGAGUGUGGGAAGAGCUUUGUUCAGCAGUCUCACCUUGUAAAGCACCAGCGAGUCCAUACGGGAGAGAAACCAUAUAAAUGCACCGAGUGUGGGAAGUGUUUUGCAGACCGUUCGGUCUUUGCAAAACACCAAAGAGUCCACACUGGCGAGAGGCCUUAUAAAUGCUUGGAAUGUGGGAAAUCUUUUGCUCGCCAAGAGCACCUUGGAAGCCACCGAAGAGUCCAUACUGGGGAAAAACCCUAUAAAUGUUUAGUGUGUGGGAAAUGUUUUGCCCGCCAGUCACAUGUUGUAAGCCACCAGAGGGUUCAUACGGGAGAGAAACCUUGCAAGUGCUUGGAGUGUGGCAAAUGCUUUUCUGAGCGCUCGACCUUUGUGAGGCACCAGAGAAUCCACACAGGAGAGAAACCGUAUCGGUGUUUGGAUUGUGAGAAAUGUUUUGCUUCCCCUUCACACCUUGCGAGGCAUCACAGACGACACACCGGAGAGAAACCUCACCGUUGCUUGGAGUGUGGGAAAGGGUUUGCUGAUCGUUCAGCCUUUGUGAAGCACCAGCGAGUCCACACUGGAGAGAAACCCUAUAAAUGCACAGAGUGUGGGAGAUGCUUUGCUAACCGGACACACUUGGUAACCCACCAGCGAGUCCACACGGGAGAGAAACCUUACGCCUGCUUGGAGUGUGGGAAAAGGUUCAGCGCAAAUAGAAGCUUAAUUCAACAUCAAAGACAACAUAUAACCUAUCCUCUGGCUCAGUGUAUGGAAAACAUCUUACUACGAAAUAAAGCCCUAUGUGACGUUGCAGGAACUGGGCGGGAAAGGAAGUUGUAUGAAUGGCUAGCAUCUGGGAAGUGGCUCAACUCCCAAGGAAGCCUUGUUCGUAAUGAAGAUUUCCACGCGGAAGGGAAAUCCUUAACGAUGCCUUGAUCACCUCCAAGCAGUCAUUCGUCAAAAUUCUUGACUUGUGUUACUUCAUGUUCCAAGGUGUGGCAAUGUUGCAGCAAGACUGGAUUACUGGUGAUCGGAAUAAAUGGCGCUGAAGCCCAAAAGAAUUUUCACCAGAUUUUAAAGUGGGUUACAAAUCCCAGCAUAUGGAUUCUUAAUUUAAAAUCUGACUUCAACAUAGAGGACAUUUUGAGUACUUUAGAACUGCUAGGCUGGGAGGGGGUUAUUUGGUCUCAAAAUUUCUGUGUCACCAAAAAAAUACUGACAUACCACAUACCAUUGCAUGUCAGCUACUGUAGAUACAAAAUAAGUUAUGCAUGAUGAUUAUCAAAUCCUGUAUACCAUUCCAUUUCAGCUAUCCAGCAUGUCAAAUACUAACUGCUAUUGCAUGUCAAUCAUUAAAUAAUAAUACCUUUGCGUGUCAGCUUUCAAAUAGGCCUAAAUGCUAUUGCAUGCCAUCUGUCAAGUCUUAAUACUGUUGCAUGUUGGCUAACACAUACAGUCAAAUACUAAAAUAUUGCAUGUCAAUUAUCCAAUACUAAGAACUUCUGCUUGUCCAUCACAAAAAUAAGACAUAUCACUAGUUUGAGAACCAGUGUUCUUUAACAGUUAGUGUUAGAUUAGAACCAUGGAGUCCACAGGCUACUGUGGAAGCUCAGUCACUGAUGUUGGGCCAACCAGAGACUCGGCUCACUGCUUCACUCGGUUGUUGUGAGGAUAAAAAUGGGGAGAGCAAAACCAUGCAAAUAUCUCUGAGCUCCUUUGAGGAAGAAAGAGAUAACAAUAUAAUAGAUACCAGUAUGGUAUAGUGGUUAAGAGUGCGGGACUCUAAUCUGGAGAUCCGGGUUUGAUUCCCCACUCCUCCACUUAAAGCCAGCGGGGUGACCUUGGGCGAGUCAGUUUCUAGGAGCUCUCUCAGCCCCACCCACCUCACAGGGUGUUUUGUUGUGGGGAUAAUAACAUACUUUGUAAACCACUCUGAGAAGGUCUUAAGUUGUCCUGAAGGGCGGUAUAUAAAUCAAAUAAUAUUAUUACAUUUUUAUUGUCUUUAGUUUGUGGAAGAGAGUGGGUAAUAGAGCAGUUAUAAUUAUGAUGUCUCUUCUGUGGGUAGUUGGGAUGUAGGAACAUAACUAAUCUAAACACAUUUUGAAAAUCCACCUCUCAAAGAACACUGUGGAAAGCAAUUGUCUGGGGGAUGUGUAGCAGGAGAUGCAUUCAGAAUAGGCAGGCCAGUUUUGAUACCCUAUGUUGUUAACAGGGUUACAAUCUUAACACUUUUACUGCCGAUUAAGCCCUAUUCAGACUGGUAGAAUUUAAUUUUCCAGAAACAAGCAAUAGGAUUAAUGUUAGUAGAUUAGUCAACUAAAAUGGGGGUUGCACCUCUGUGAACAAUGGUGAUGUGUGUUACAUAUUCCCAUGAAGAUUGUUCAGGAAUUUUUAUUCAUUUCAUAUCCUCUUGGUUACAUGCUGGAGUAAUUCCAGUCCUAUUUUCCUACAUCAAGAAUCAUAUGCUGCUGAAGAUGUGGCUAAAAUAUUAAUCCCUCACUUUCAGUGCUGAGGUGUUGUGAUGUUUUAGCCCACCCAUGGGGGAGCAUUCCUUUUAAAAUAGUCACAUGGUAACUAAGUCUUUCUAUUUCCAAGCAGUGCUUUAACCAUUAAACCGCAGGGCUGGAUUGAAAUGGCUGUUCUCUCUUACAGGCUAACAACCCUCUGAAGAGAAAUCAGGAUUUUUUUUUUAAUUCCAGGUGUCAGAUGAAAACCAUGUGUCCUAGCCAACAAUCACUCAGUGUUGUUAUUUUAAGAUUUUUAUUUAAAACCAUUCUAAUAAAUUUUGAAAUGAUCAAAUAUACAAGCAUCAUGAAGAAAUAGUGAGUUGGGCUGAUGGGGUGGUUCCCCUUGCCCCAUCCUUAAGGAAUUUGGGGGGAGCUGAAGGGCACGCAUCUGGACUGGCUGUUGAAGGCAUCAAUCACCCUGCGGGGCGGGACCACUGGAAUACACCCCCUGCCACUGUGGUGCUCAGCAGGUGUGCUGGGGAAAUGUGCCAUCAAAUGGCAAGGGGCCUUUCAGUGCAGUGGAUCUGUUGCCCUAUUACUUGCCAGUGCUCUAGUGGCGGUAAUCAGUAAAGUUGUCGUCUGUGUCCUUCCUUCCAUAUGG